CUCCUCGAAUGUCAAUAUGUCGCUAAUUUACGUUCAAGUGGCGUCAGGUGUCACUACUCUACUAUUCUACACGGAAGGACGGACGGACAUUUCGUUUGUAUGACCCAAGACUUUCAGUCAAGGGAAUUAUACAAUCCAAAUUUUAUUUAAUGAUAAUAGUAAUAGAUGAAUUAGAAACUGUUAUUAAUAUAAAAUUCAAUUAAAAAAUGUCUUGAUGAUAAUCAAACCUCUAUUACCGAUCAACGUGCUACACAAGCCUUCACAGAAUUAGAACAUCUUAUUUAUCAGUUAUAUAAAAAACCAUUAUCAAACAAAUUAUAUCGACGUGCUCGACGUGAAUAUAAACAAGUUAAAAAACUUCAAAAAUUCUUACACAGUCGACCUGAUAUUAUUCUAUGUCAAAUUGAUAAAAGUUCAGGAUUUUAUAUUGAAGAUGCUCAAACAAUUGAAUUAAAAGCAUAUGAAUAUAUGGCUACAACAAAUGCUUACCAAGAAAUUACAGAUGGUCAUUGUCCAUUAGCUGAAAAUUUACGUACCGUACAAAGUUUACUUCAAAAUCUUUUAGAACAAAAAGCAUAUAGCUCUUCAUAG